UUGAGCCGGGUUGAGCCCAAGACCAACAUUUGAUUUUCUGAAAAGAGGAUAAAUAUGAAGAAAAAAAAAAAAAAAUAGAUGAGUCGGGUGAAGCCCAAGGCCAUCUGGUAAAUACUUUUGAGUCGAGUUAAGCUCAAGGCCAAAAGACUGAAUUUGACAUGAAGCCGGGUUGAGCCCAAGGCCAUGCGAGUUAAAUUAAUGUACCAUUCUAAACUAAAAAAAAAAAAAAAAAAAGCGAAAUAAAUGGGAAAAGUCAUCCUGGCUACACUGCUUGAUGCAUAUCAACAUCGAACAUUACCAUCGAGCAGCAGAGCAGCGCUUACAAUGUCAAAAUGGAAUGAGCAACGAAGACGGUGAAUGUUGACAUUGGAAUGUUGGAGUUUGCGUAUGAGUUAGAGAGAGAUGGAACCAGAGCUACCUGUGGGAAGCAUGUCGGUGUUUGUGAGCAGUUUGAUUUUGGUUGUAAUAAAAUGGUGGUUUCACAUACACAGCAUUGCACAAAAGUAGCAUCGGGUGCACCCCACAUGUGAAAUCAUAGCGUUUCAGUUUGCACAAGUCACUGAAGUAGCAAGGCGUUUUCAACCAAAUGAGCGGUUUUUGGCGAGAAAGUGAUGUUUCGGCGUCCGACGAUUCAGAUGCAGACAAUUCUCCUGAUGGAGGUGACAGGAGUGUAGCCGGAAAAAGUACGCUUGAAGAUUUAUCGUCAAGGAAAAUUGUGGGAGACGAAAUCGAACCACAGAAUGUCGGACGUGGCAUAACCGCAGCAAAAUGGCUGUCAGGCUCGUGGCCGCUCAAGUCAUUUGAUGAAAAUUUGCCACUCAACAAGCGUAAAGCGGAAUGGAUCCGGUUUCGAAAUCAAUUCGAGCGAAUCGUCGCCUGCAAGGAGCCCGUCGGGUCCACUAUGAAGCUGGAUGGUUUGAAAAUCUUCGCUGGAAAUUAUCUGUUGAGUGUAAUCGAGGCUCACGGAAAUCUUCCAGCUGAUUCUGGGAAUAUUUACGACGCGACUGUCUCUGCGCUCAACAGGUAUUUUGAGCAAACGUGCGACUGCACAAAGGAAAGGAUGAAGUUUCGCGAAAUGCGAAUGGGCACAUCCGAGCCAUUUGUGGAUUGGGUGCUACGAUUGGAGACUCAGGCAAAGUUUUGCGAAUUUGAGGCAGAUCAGCGGGUUGAGGAGUUUAUUCAAGCAUUGGUCAGAAGAUCGGUGCCGCAAAUCGCAACCAAAUUAUACGAGAUGAGCGAUGUUUUCAACAAUAAUCUGGAGAGGAUCACGGCCUACGGUAGACACCUUGACUAUAUUCGAACGGAAGCUGAGGAAUCGAAGCACAUAACGAAAGACGAAAGUGGUAAUCGUAUGGACGAGAUGAAUUCGCACGAAGGUACUGUGGUGAAGCCAGUCAAUGCAGUGGCCGGUAGAAGCUCGGCUUUUGGGCAAAUUCGACAAGGUUUUCAUCGCGAGGUACGAUCGGAUGCCGACGGGAAUAGAUUUUCAUCUGGACGCGCAGGGCGAUUCAAGAACGUUAGUCAAAGCUGCUCGAGAUGCGGAAGCAUUCAUGGUCCGAAGAAGUGCCUGGCCUACCGUGUAAAAUGUUAUACAUGUGGAAGAGAAGGACAUUUUGCGGCGUUUUGUUUUUUCAAAGACGGCAGUGCCAACGGAGGACCUCGCGGAGGACACUGGCGCUCUGGCCGGGACAGAAUGGUUAAGCAGGAGGUUGAAAGGAUCAAUCAGCUGAUAACCAGGCGCUCAUGCAAUUCACUAAGAGAAGAAGAUCCUAGGCAAGUCUGUUGCAAGAUUGGCACAGAAAGUGUAGAUUUUCUUAUUGAUACUGGUGCUACCGUCAACACCAUUACGACAGCUGUGUGGGAAACGAUCAAGAGCAAUUGCCGUUCAGUUAUUCAGGAUUUUGUGCUUUUUCCUGAGGAAGUUUUGCGUAGUUAUGCGAACCAACAACCACUUGAAGUAGCAUGUUCAUUCAAAGCAUACAUUGCAGUGAACAAUCGACCGUUACAGUUGGCUAAAUUCUUUGUGGUCAAGGGAACUAAUCUUUCGUUGCUCAGUUAUGAAACGGCAAGUAAUUUGAACUUGAUCCGUAUUGGACUACAGGUUCCUCCGAUAACGGAUAGCGGAACCAGAUUCAAUGAAGUUUUGUACUCGCUUUCUGAUACGAGACUGGAUCCGAGAAUGCUUGACAUUACAGUGGCGCGUGAAAACGAGCCCCAGGAGUUUCCCAAAAUCCCUAUUGCUGCCGUAAAAUUCAAGGUUGACGAUGCAGUCUCGCCCAAACAAAUCAUACGGUAUAACAUCCCAAAGGCGUUUGAAAGUGCAACUAACGAGAAGUUGAGACGAAUGGAGCGUAGGGGUAUCAUUGAAAGGGCCGAUAAAGAACGUGAUAUUAUUACAUACGUAUCCCCUUUGGUAUUAGUUCCCAAGGGCGGGAAUGACUUCAGAAUUGUAGUAGAUUACCGGGAAGUGAACAAGGCGAUACUUCGUGAGCCGUAUCCACUGCCGUCGUUGGAUAAAAUUUGGACUGAUAUCCCGAACGGUACGAUGUAUUUCUCUAAGCUCGAUUUGAAAGAUGCAUUCUUUCAUAUCGAGUUACAUGACGAAGUUCGCCACUUCACAACCUUCAUGACGGCCAAUGGAUUGAUGCGGUUCAAAAGACUCCCAUUCGGAUUGUCAUGUGCUCCGGAGCUUUUCCAGAAAGUAAUGGAGAGACUACUGGUAAACUGUAAAAAUAUCAUUAUCUACCUCGAUGAUGUCUUGGUGCAUGGUAAUAGUCUGUCGGAGUUGAGACAGAAUGUGGACAUGGUGGGAAAUUCCCCCGAUUGAAUUUAUAAUUUAGAUUUUCUUUGUAUUAUACUAUUAUUCCUGUCAGGGGAGGAUGUGGUAUUCUGGAUGAGAGUGUAGUUGAGAUUGCAUUGAUAGAGAGUCAGUCGAGAGAAAGAGUGAAUAAACAUGGGUGCAGUCAUAAGUGUCGUCAAAUAAUAUUAGUCGUAUAAAUCAGUAUAUUCAGAAUAUCACAGGCUAUACAAGUUUUAGACCACCACACGGCCAUGAACCAUGUCUGUCGUAACAAUAUCGAACAGUAACCCAUAUUUCGUCAUAAGCAGACCCGAAAGCAAAUGUAAGUUGUUGAAAAUAGAAUGAAAGUUUUUAUUCAAUGUUGUUUAAAUACAUAGGUUGCAUAGUCCUGACCCUAACUUAACUAUUUUUCAAUAAAUCUCCUUGCAUUUCAGCAAAACAAUCUUGUCUAGAACAGAAAAUAAUUAUCAGAGACAAUUUUCGUUCAAGAUUUUUCCUUACCUGCAGAGAAUGCAAUUGUUCAUUAAUUGUGAAUAACCGUAUCCUCGUUUUCGUCUGCAAUGAUGUCAAGGCAAAAGUACUUAUGUGUAUGAGUUCCAAAAAUCAUACACACCAGAUGGGCCAACAAGAAGGACUGCCGGGCCGCAGGUUGAGUAUCGCUGGUCUAACGUCAUGUGUAUUGAUAUAUACUAAAUAUAAUAACUUUUCUGUAUUAAAACUAUGGAAAAAUGUCAUAUGGUGAGUCAAAUAUUUUUGAUGUGAUGAAUAGAUGUGAUGAAUGUUUUACAGAUAUGUCUGUAAAUUUACAAACAUAUUUGUAAAUCUGGCAUCUCUGGUGGUCUGAGAAUUUAUUGCAAGAAAUCACUUGAAAACAUGCAAGAAUUUGCUUGAGAACGAAGUGGAUUGAG